ACAUGUGACAUGCGAGGGUCAUUUUCAUGUAUAAAUACUUGACCAUUAUGAUUUUGAAAUUUAAGUCUCUUGGUUACCAACAAAAUGGGACAGGUAACGGUUGUUCUUGUAGCAUCUUUAAUAGCUGUAUUUGUAAAUUUUACUGAAGGGGUAUGUACCGGGUAUUAUUACAGUACUUGUAGCAAAUAUGUUUAUAAUCAGGAAAGAUAUACAACUCCUUGUGGAUGGUGGGGCAGAUGUACAAAAUACAAACAAGAGAAGAAAAUAGAAUAUUACCGAUGUCAGAAGAAAUGUCCAACAGUUCACGGUAGAUGGAGUUCCUAUGGUAAUUGGGAAAGAUGGGGAAGUUGUUCAAAGACCUGUGGUGGUGGUACACAGUCUACACGGAGACUGAGGUAUUGUAAUAAUCCUUCGCCGAAAAAUGGUGGGAAUGGUUGUUCUGGAUCUAACAGAAGUACAAAAAGCAGAUCAUGUAAUACCAACUAUUGUCCGAUAAAUGGGCAAUGGACUAAAUGGAAAAGUUGGUCGAAGUAUGGUCCCUGUUCUGCAAGUUGUGGUUCGGGAAAACAAUCUAGGACAAGAACAAGAACUUGCAGUAAACCUUCCCCGAAGUAUGGUGGCAAGACAUGUCCGGGAGAGUCAAUGAUGACUUCCUCACAGACAUGCAAUACUAACCCCUGUCCAGUUGAUGGAAAAUGGGGCUCUUUCUCAAAAUGGAGUGAAUGGGGAAGUUGUUCUGUUACCUGUGGGCAAGGCCUAAAAACGAGAUCUCGUUCAAGAUCAUGUGAUAACCCUGAACCAAAGUACGAUGGAAUGUCAUGUAUAGGAAAACCAGUCACAGUUGACUCACAGCAGUGCAUGGAAAUACAGUGUCCAGUUGAUGGUGGUUGGACAGAUUUCUUGUCAUGGUCGACAUGGACGACCUGUUCAGAAACCUGUGGUUUUGGUGUAGAAAAAAGUUUCCGUACAAGAUUAUGCGAAAAUCCCGAAGCUGAGUAUGGCGGAAAACCUUGUCCUGGUGAUAACACAGAGGAAAGAACACAGCAGUGCAAAAUAAAGGAAUGUCCAGGUUACUGUGAAUGUAGCACAGUUGGUGACACACAUUACAGAACGUUUGAUGGACAAUGGAUAGAUUUUAUGGGAUCAUGUCAUUAUCUGCUAGUUAAGACAGCUCCGGACGACAUUGACUGUCGUUUCUCUGUCGUCGUCAUCAAUAAGGCGGCUAGUCAAACCUCUCAGCUUCCUUAUACACGUAUCAUAGAAUUGGCAAUAGAAGAUUUCAAGAUUCGUCUUCUUCCAGACAAAGUUGUUUUGGUUGAUGGGACCAAGGUCAGUUUACCAUACAAUACGAAAGACAAUUCAGUUAAUAUAUUUGUAAGUGGACGUUAUGUACGGGUACAAACCAACUGUGACGUUAUUUUAGAAUGGGAUGGGUCAAAGAAUCUUGAACUUGCAGCACUUGACACCUUUGCAAAACGUAUGACAGGUAUAUGCGGAAAUUGUGAUGGGAUCAGAAAUGAAUUUAGUGCAGCAAAUUACAGUAACCCGUCAGAUGAGCCUACAAAAAUGGGAAUGAUAGUUGAAACAUUUGCACUCGCAGAAGAAGCAAAAGAAGCUGGUGACACAUGUGGCGUUUUGUCUGAAAUACCGGCAACCACCAGUGCCGUGGAAGUAAUUGCAUCAGCACCAGAAUAUUGUGGACAUCUGAUUUUGAAAGAAAAUGGUACUAGUCCUUUUCAAAAGUGUCUUGAAAGUUCCAGUAUACAAGCAGAUAAAUAUUACAGCAUGUGUGUCUCUGAUGUAUCAUUAUAUUACAACACAAAUAAUAAUGAUCUGGAGAAAGCAGUUUGUGACAACCUGGAAUCGUUUGCCCUUCAUUGUGCAGAGGAAGCCAUUGCAGUAAACUGGAGAAGUGAUGAAUUUUGUCCUCUAUCCUGUGGUAUCAAUGAAGUCUACUCAGACCGUGUGAGUGGUUGCCAAGCUAACUGUGUCAACAGGGACAGCGAUAAAACAUGUGAAUUACCAUUCACUGAAGGUUGUGCUUGUGAAGAAGGAUAUAUACUAAGUGGAAAAGAAUGUGUUAAGGCUGAGGAUUGUGGGUGCAGUAGUGAUGUUGGGUAUAUUGCUCUUGGCGACGAAGUUUUAUCAGCUGACUGUACAAAAAAUUACAAAUGUAUCCGUAUCAACGGAACAGGAAAUCUUAUUGAAGAAGCAGCAAACAAAUGUCACGAGAAUGCAAUAUGUCAGCCGAACGCUGAAGGAGAUCUUUUGUGUAGAUGUAAACUUCAGUAUGAAGGAGAUGGAAUCGUAGAAUGUAAACCUAAAGAAAAAGACUGUACCUUGACAAAAAGUGGUACUAAUUACAAGGGAAAAACCAGUAUUACAGAAUCCGGCAUUUCCUGUCAAGCAUGGGCCGAAAAAACUCCCCACAAGCACAAAUAUGCUGUUAAACUAAGUGAUCAAUCAAAUUACUGUAGAAAUCCGGACGGUUCUAAUAGACCUUGGUGUUACACGAUAAACAAGGAAAAGAGAUGGGAAUAUUGUCACAUCCCAAGAUGCGACAUUAAAGAAUGCAAAUCUGACAAGAAAGGGACAGAUUAUGAAGGUCACAAGUCAAUUACAACUUCUGGAAUAGAAUGUCAGACUUGGGCAGCAUCUGAACCUCAUAAACACAGAUAUUCAAAGAAACUAGCUAAGGAUAAAAAUUACUGCCGUAACCCUGAUGGAUCUAAAGAGCCAUGGUGUUAUACAUCUGAUCCAAAUAAACGUUGGGAAUAUUGUGACAUUCCACUUUGUGAGGUAAAGCAAUGUAAAGAAGAUGCAAAAGGAUCUGAUUACAAUGGCCAUCAGAAUACAACUUCAUCUGGAAAUAUUUGUCAAGCUUGGGGAUCCCAGGAACCUCACCGUCAUAGUCUUAGUAGAUUAGCUGCGGAAAUGAACUACUGUCGUAAUCCGGAUGGCUCAAGCAAGCCUUGGUGUUACACACUUGAGAAGGAAAAACGUUGGGAUUAUUGUGAUAUUCCAUUGUGCUGAAUAGAGAAAAUCGUAUGGAAAAAAGAAGAAAAAUGAACUGACUUAUAAAGACCAUUAAACGUAUUUGCAAUCAGA